UCUUAAUUGAAAUUAAAAAUAUAUUCAUAUGGGAGGUGGAUGCUGUAAGCCCAGCCAAAAAUCAGCAAGUAACCCAAAAUUAAAAAGGAAUAUCAAAAAGUCGAAUUUACCAGAAAUGAGGAAGAAAUUCGAACUGAUGAAACAACUCAACAUCGAGUCUAUUCCUGUAAAAUCUCUGGGAACUAAUGGACCUCUCCAUAUCAGCGGUCUGAAAUAACGUUAAUGCAUCCGACUGUGGUAUAAAGUCGAUAGAUGAUGACUUCUUCGAUGCCAGCAGUAGGACUCUCAAGACUGUGAACUUUACUUCCAAUGCAAUUUCUGAGUUUCCUAACCUUUUUGCUUGCACUAAGUUAGUCACUCUCAAGUUGAGUAAGAAUAAUCUGAAUAAAGUUCCAAAAGAGAUUUGUCAGAUAAAAACUCUGAAACAUCUAGAGCUUGACCACCAAGAUAUCGAAGAGCUCAUUCCAGAAUUGUUUCUGGGAAACUUAGAACUACUUAGCAUAUCGCAUAACAAGAUAUCAGCCAUUCCUGAGAAGACUAGAAACGGAGAUGACUUAUUUACAUCAUUUUCUCAGACCCUUGUGUGUCUCGAUCUCGGCCAUAACCCUAUUGGAAGUAUCCCAAAUGGCUUGUUAGAGCAAACCAACAUUCAUAAGCUUAACCUUGAAGGAACAAAUGCUUCAAAGAAAGAACUAGAGCUGAUGCCUGGACUUAGUCAGUAUAUUGAAAGAAGAAAGAACAGAAUCGAUAUAGCCAUCUGGAAUGAGAUCGAUGUAGACUGGAACCUUUGUGGCCUUCAGGGAUAA